GCGACAUCUGUAGAUAUUUCUUUUUUUAAUAUGAAAAUAAAAUACCGCCAAUUCAAUGUUGAUCGCAUCUCCUCAAUGUUUUGACGUGCAUGGCAAUGGCGGAUUUUAUGUUUAUCACAUAUUUUAUAUUAUCGUUGACGCUUGAGUUAUGUCCAGGAGAAGAAGAGAAAUUUACCUUAUUAGAACAUGAUUUUUCUGUUGAAAAAGAGGCACCACAGAAAUCUAUAGAUAUCAUGGCUUUUAAUGGUAGUUCAAUUGGACAACGUUUUAAAUGUCACAUUUGUGAUGGACCAGAUUGUUUAUAUUCGGAAAUCUGUUAUAAUGCAGUUACUUGCUGGAAAUCUAGAGUAAGACAAUUAGAUGGUACGGAAAGUGUAAGUAGAGGAUGUACUUCAUCGAUAGAUCAAAUGUUAUUGAUAUGCAAUAGACAAAUGCCUCUACGUGUUGUACACAAUAGUAAUAAGAAAAGACAUGUGAGUGGGUCCUUACGAAGUGCACAAUAUUAUGUUGAAUGUUGCCAAACAGAUUUUUGUAAUGGCGGACCAUUUCCAAUACUACAUGAUUUUAAUGGAGAUGUUGUUGAAGAGGAUUAUGCAGUUAAAUUAACAUUAGCAAUUUUGGGUCCUAUGGUUGGAUUUUGUAUUAUUGCUGGAAUAGUACUGUUUUAUUUAUUGGUAUGUAGGACUCGUAGAAAAAGGACUUUGGCUGCAAGACGUAAUAAACUUGUUAUAGAUUCUGAAAUGGAGCCAUCUAUCCUACAUUUCUCAUUUUCUUCUCCAACAUCCACUACUACGUAUCAUUCUCAUGAACUAAAAGCAACUGCAGCUGGUGAUAGUACACUAAAGGAAUACUUGGAUGGGAGAAGCUUAACUAGUGGAUCAGGAUCUGGUUUACCACUAUUGGUACAAAGAACUCUGGCUAAACAAGUAGCAUUAGUGGAGUGUCUUGGUAGUGGUGGUAAUGGUGGAUUUGGUGGAGAAGUUUGGAGAGGAAUAUGGCAUGGUGAAAAUGUUGCUGUAAAAAUAUAUUUUUCACGAGAUGAAGCAGCUUGGGCUCGUGAAACAGAAGUUUAUUCUCAAUUAUUACCAUCAAGACAUGAUAAUAUUCUGGGUUAUGUUGGAAGUGAUAUGACAAGUAGAGCAAGUUGCACUCAACUUUGGCUAGUGACACAUUAUCAUCCAGUGGGCUCACUAUUUGAUUACUUAAAUCGAACACCACAUUCUUUGACACAUCAUCAAACAGUCAGUAUCUGUUUGAGUAUUGUAAAUGGAUUGCUUUAUUUGCAUACAGAAAUUCAUGGAACUAGAGGAAAGCCAGCUAUGGCACAUCGUAAUCUAAAAUCUAAAAAUAUUCUUGUUAAAACUAAUGGUAGUUGUGUGAUUGCUGAUUUUUCAUUAGCAGUAACGCAGGAACGUUUGACUACAGAUAGAAUUGAUUUCAAACAAGGUACAAAACGAUAUAUGAGUCCAGAAAUUCUUGAACAAACGAUAAACAUUGAAUGUUUGGAAAACUUCCGACGAGCAGAUAUUUAUAGUUUAGGAUUGAUAUUGUGGGAAGUUUGCAGGAGGUGUAUAAGUAAUGGAGUUGUGUUAGAAUAUGUAGCUCCAUAUUCUGAGUGGCUAUCUAACAACCAAGAACCCUCUAUUGAAGAAAUGAGGAAAUUAGUAUGUUUGGACCAACAUAGACCACCUCUUCCCAAUAGAUGGCACUCUGAUCCAACAUUGGCUGGUUUGGGAAAAUUAAUGAAAGAAUGCUGGCAUGGAAAACCUGCAGCACGUCUACCUGUUCUUAGAGUAAAGAAAACACUUGUUCAACUGGCAGCUAAUGAUACACGUGUUCAUUUGUCUCUUGAUUAA